CAGUACUAGUACCUGAAGGAUGUCACCGACGGGUAGACGCCAAAGUCGAUUUCUCCGUGCCCACGUGCACAACAACCAUGGGCUGCUUGCUGUCGGUGUGUCCUUCAGCGUGGGGAUGGAACCACCGAGCUUCAUCAUUCGAGCUGGGCUUUGUCGCAGAUUUGGACAAGGCGAGCAAGGUCGCAGACAGCACGACGCCGCUGUUCCAGUCGUACCUCCAGAAAGCCGUGCUUCAUCGCAAACUAGUUGACGACAAGGUCGAGUACACGGUGUCGUGGAAGGACGUGGCGCCGUUCACGACGUCGUUGAACGAAGCGGGUCGAGGGUUUGAGCUCAGUGAACUGGCGUGGUGCCGUGGCGACUUGCAUACGUUCGACGACCGCACUGGGCUUGUGUUCCGGUUGGAGAAGUUCCAAUUGAGCGACCAGCCACAUGAUAUUCGCGCUGUGCCUGUGACCAUUGUCACGGAAGGGGACGGCAGCACGACGAAGGGCAAGAAACACGAAUGGGCCACCGCCAAGGACGGGGAAUUGUACAUGGGCAGCACGGGCAAAGAGUUUAUCACUGGAAACGACGUCGACAACACACACAACAUGUGGGUGAGCAUUCUGUCCAAGGAUGGUGUGCUGCGAUUUGAAGACUGGACCGACAACUUUGCGAAAGUGCGCGAAUUCGUCGGGUGUGGAUACCCUGGGUACCUCAUCCACGAAGCCAUCGAGUGGAGUGCCGUGCAUCGCAAAUGGUUCAUCCUUCCCCGUCGAGUGUCCAAGGACGCGUACGACGAAACGGCAGACGAGCAGCGGGGGUCGAAUGUCAUGAUCGUGGCCAGUGAAGACUUUAGUCGACUGGAAGUGCGCACCGUUGGACCCAUCACCCCGGAGCGUGGGUUUUCGAGCUUCAAGUUUGUUCCCAGCACUCAAGACUCUGUGAUUGUUGCUUUGAAGAGCGUGGAAAUCGAAGCGACCAAGUCGCAAUCGUCCUACGUCACGGUGUUUACCGUCGACGGCGACGUGUUGCUGCCAGAAACGCCGCUCCCAGGGACGUUCAAGUACGAAGGUGUGGCCUUCCUGCGCGAAUACUGACGUUAAUGACGUAAUGGAGGUGGUUCAUGUCGUCGUUCUCAUGCAGUUCCGCCGUAUUCACCACGGACUCUCCAUGGACGGACCGACCUUCUUCGUUUGGUGCUU